AUGGCUGGUGUGACCACACAGAAGCUAGAACUACAGGAACUUCAGGAAGUAAUUACACGGGAAAGUAUAAGGCAGCUUCCUGUAGCUGUUAGUGCUAUUGUAUCCCAGCAGUUAUACUUGUACAGAGCAAGCUGCUACGGUCUCAACACUCAAUACGGUGGUUUCAUGUCUCAGUGUUACACAAUCUCACUGAUCAUGAACAAGAUGAAGAAGAAGCUGCCUGAGCAGAUCCUGAAUCACAUCCUGGAGAUUCUCUACCUGCUGACGGGAGAGCGUGUGACUAACUCACUAACAGCGAGUCACAUGACCGGGGACAAGACGACAACAGAGAGGAUACUAACCCACACCCUGCAGAUCAUGUACCUGCUUACAGGGGAGGUGCCUAUAAAGUGUGAUGAUGUUGCUGUGUAUUUCUCUAUGGAGGAGUGGGAGUAUAUAGAGGGACACAAGGAGCUUUACAAGGACGUCAUGCUGGAGACUCACCAAGCACUAAGGACUAUGGAGAUCCCAGGGAAUGAGAGCUCAGAACUAACAGAUGACAGUGAUGAAAAUCUAGUCACAGGAGCACAUGGAGAACUUGUAUCGACUAUCCAGCCAUCAGAUGUUUCUGCAGGUAAAAAUUAUGCUAAGAUUUCAUGUAAGAGGGGAAAAUCAGAAAAUCAGUGGCUAACGAAUAUCACAGAAGCUGCACAGCAGAAAAUACUUAAUAGUAGUGCAGAUGAAGAUAACGCUGAUAUAGUGAAAGUUGAGAUAACAGAAGAUCUGUGUGUGAGGCAUCAGCUGGAAUCACCAGAUGAGGAAACCAGUGACAGCAUCAGCCCAGGCCGUAUGGAUGUGACGCCUUUAGAGGGCUCAGCGGUUGAGCACAGAGGAGAACCUUAUUUGUGUGAUCACAUAAAGACUGAGGAGGAUGAAGCUCCUAUAUAUAUGGCUACAGGUGAUGUUAAUACUGAAGUCACAAUUAAUGCUGAACAGACUGAUGAUCUGGAAGCUCUGAAGCAGGAAAUCAGUGACAAUAUCAGUACAGGUGAGUGUACAUGUGUGAUAUGUCAGAGGGGUGCAGGGUACAUGUGA